CGCGCCACUGCGCCGGGCGGCGAUGGCGGCGGACGGGGACUGGCAGGAUUUCUAUGAGUUCCAGGAACCGGCCCGGAGCCUCCAGGACGAGGAGAACUGUAACGCGAGCCCCGAGGCCGGCGCAGGGCCGGGCGGGGGAGGCGACGGCUUCCCGGCGCUGGCCUGCAGCUUGGAGGAGAAGCUGAGCCUGUGUUUCCGCCCCUCGGGUCCGGGCGCCGAGCCCCCGAGGGCGGCCGUGCGGCCCAUCACCGAGUGCAGCCUCCUGCAGGGGGACGAGAUUUGGAAUGCCCUGACAGAUAAUUAUGGAAACGUAAUGCCUGUGGACUGGAAGUCAUCCCAUACCAGGACCUUGCAUUUGCUUACACUGAACCUCUCAGAAAAAGGGAUAAGUGACAGUUUGCUCUUUGAUACAUCAGACGAUGAGGAGCUGAGAGAACAGCUGGAUAUGCAUUCAAUCAUCGUCUCCUGCGUUAAUGAAGAGCCCCUCUUCACUGCGGAUCAGGUUAUCGAAGAAAUUGAAGAAAUGAUGCAGGAAUCUCCAGACCCAGAAGAUGAUGAAACGCCCACCCAGUCAGAUCGGCUGUCAAUGCUGUCCCAGGAAAUCCAGACUCUUCAGAGGUCCAGCACAAGCAGUUAUGAAGAGAGAGUAAAAAGGCUCUCAGUCUCUGAAUUAAAUGAGCUACUGGAAGAAAUUGAGACCGCCAUCAAGGAAUUCUCUGAAGAGCUGGUGCAGCAGUUGGCCCUGCGAGACGAACUGGAGUUUGAAAAGGAAGUGAAAAAUAGCUUUAUUUCUGUUCUCAUUGAAGUGCAAAACAAACAGAAAGAGCACAAAGAAACAGCCAAGAAGAAAAAGAAACUCAAGAACGGCAGCUCUCAGAAUGGGAAGAAUGAGAGAAGUCACAUGCCCGGCACACGCUUCAGCAUGGAAGGGAUCUCAAAUGUCAUUCAGAAUGGCCUCCGCCACACCUUUGGAAAUUCAGGUGGAGAGAAACAGUACUUGACAACAGUCAUUCCUUAUGAGAAAAAAAACGGACCACCAUCUGUUGAAGAUCUUCAAAUAUUAACAAAAAUUCUUCGUGCCAUGAAAGAGGACAGUGAAAAGGUCCCGAGCUUGUUAACCGAUUAUAUACUGAAAGUUCUGUGCCCUACAUAGGGCAGCUUCGUGUCAGGAGCAGCUUUCUUUCGCGGACUCCAAGCUAGAUUUCGUACAGCAUUGUUCUGAAAGCUGGCUACCAUUCCCUUCCUGCCAUUGGAAACUCCGCACACUUGAACUUGGGUUUGUGAUUCAGUGUUACUAGAUCAUGCUUUCACUAAUUCUUUGUAUUAUGAACCAGGAGAAGUAUGACACUGUUCUGAAAUCUAGAGGUGUUUUGUGUUAAAUACUAACAAUUAUGAGCUCUUCUCUCCAACUUUGCAGAGGAAGAGGGAAGUCGUGUUUGUGCAUGCGCAGUUAUAUUUUUCCUGAGCUGACAGUAUGCCCAGUUGAGUUCUUAUGGCUUUCUAGAUCUGAACUGCACUGAAGAACUAGAUUAAAGCAUUGAGAGAUUUAUAUUGUAGCUAUUCUUCGGUGGUGGCGAGAACCGAUGCUGAUCUUUAUAAGGGGACUGUCAGGAUAAAUAUUACCUACCAGUGUUGUCCAGGGAGACUGAAACGGAAACACGGGCUGUUCUUGGAAGAAGUGGAAGCCGAAUGUGCGCUCUCCCUAGUGGGGAGCGGGCUGAUGUUGGAGGUUGCUGCGGGUUUCACCACUGUUCAGAUGUUAACCAUUAAGUUGCCAUUCACUUUCAGAACUUUGUAUUGAACUUUGGAUGUUUAUAUGUCUGCAAAGAAGUGUCCUUUACAAGGAGUUUGUGUCCCCUGAGGUGCUUUCAUGUCUGCACAGCCGCGCCCCGCCCCCACUCCUGGUCUGUGUCCUUCGUGCGGGGGCGUCCUCCCCAAGUGCUACUCCGGGAGCAGCUACUCAUCCAUCCAGCACUGGUCCUGAAACACUUUUCUGCCAGUUCCAGUCAAGUCAUUGCCAUUUAAUAAAUGUUGGAAAA